GGGCGGGAGCCGAGUGUCCCGUGUGCACGUGUGGCCGAGCGGCGGUAGCAGCGCGGCGGCGGACCUUCCCGCGUCUCCCCGGAGCUUCGGGGCCCGGCUUGGCUUCCGUGGCCUCCUCGGCCCCUCGGCGCCCUUUCCCUCCGCCGAGAGGCCGGCGUGUGGGGUCGAGUGGCCUGAACGCAGGGCGCGGAGUGCUCCAGGCGGCGAGGACGACGGCGUUGGUCGCGGCUGUAACGACGGCCUCAGCAGGCGGGGAAGAUGAAAGGUAGCCGGAUCGAAUUGGGGGAUGUGACACCACACAAUAUUAAACAGUUGAAGAGAUUGAACCAAGUCAUCUUUCCAGUCAGCUAUAAUGAUAAAUUCUACAAGGAUGUGCUAGAGGUUGGCGAGCUAGCAAAACUUGCAUAUUUCAAUGAUAUAGCUGUAGGUGCGGUGUGCUGCAGGGUGGACCAUUCACAGAAUCAAAAGAGACUUUACAUCAUGACACUAGGAUGCCUUGCACCUUACCGAAGACUAGGAAUAGGAACUAAAAUGCUAAAUCAUGUCCUAAACAUCUGUGAGAAAGAUGGCACUUUUGACAACAUCUAUCUGCAUGUCCAGAUCAGCAAUGAGUCAGCGAUUGACUUCUACAGGAAGUUUGGCUUUGAGAUUAUUGAGACAAAGAAGAACUACUAUAAGAGGAUAGAACCUGCAGAUGCUCAUGUGCUUCAGAAAAACCUCAAAGUCCCAUCUGGUCAGAAUGCAGAGACACAAAAGACAGACAACUGAACAAAUUACAAAUGAACUUUCUUGCACUUGCUUGUCGCCAAAUAAAGAAAGACCCAUUGAUUCCCCUCCCCUUUUUCUUCAGCUUUCCUCCCUUGUUAUUCUUCCUUUCUCUCCUCUUAAAGUUUUUAAUAAUUUCAAGAACUCUUAAACAUGAUCAUGUUUGGAUUGUUUAGUUCUCUUAUUUUUGUGAGGUAGUUAGGUUGAAGGCAGGAGAAGAUAGGUUUGUAUACAGUUAAGAUGUCCCCAAAAUUGGGUGUCAGAUGAUUGCAAUUUUUAGCUAUUUUUUUAGCAUCCUGCUUUCACAUUGAAGGGCAGAGCCUACAAUAUUGUUUAUUUCAAAAGACAAAAAGAAGCAGCAGCAAUAUCUUGUUCUCUAAUUCAUAGACAAGCUUAGUGUAUUUGUGGUACUUUGAGUAUUAAAGACUAUCUGUGGGAUGCUAAUCCCUGACAUUGCCUUCACUCUACCUUUCGUCCUUCAAGCACUCUCAGGAGUUGGACCAUUGUUACCCUUGUGAGAAAAUACUAAAAAACUUAUUUAGGUUUUAAAGCAGUUUUUCUCUCUAUUUGCUGAUUCCUGGGGCAGUUUGUGUAGGUAGUAUUAGACUUUGAUCAAAGUAUUUGAGUUAAACUGCUAUUUAGCUGAUGAGUGGGUUGCUUGUUAGCAGAUGUUCUUUGUUUUGGUUUGUUUUUUUAUUUUUUUCCUUCUUUCAUGCUGUUAAUCUUGUUACUAGAGGCAUUAACUUGUAGAGUAUGGGCUGGUGAAAUGAACUGUUUCAAUAUCCCAGCUAGAAAUAUGGCCUUUAACUGACCUAAAGAAAAUUGUUAUAAUUGGUUUUCUUCUCUUGUGUUUCAGUAAGCCCAAUAAUAGUGUAACCUUAUAAAUGAAGUUAUGUCCUUAUAAGCCAGUACUCCUAAAUAAACCUGAAGCAAGUGUUUUCUCUUGGACAUACAAAAUUACAUAAACAGUUUAGAUGGACUUGUAACACUUUAAGUGUAUUUAAUGUCAACUAAUACAGAUUGUUAAGUGUGACCAUUGAGCGUUGAUAAUAUAUGAAAGAAUUUCUAGACAGUAUUUUUGAAAAUAACAUUGUUAUGCUAUUGCUUAUCUGUUGAAGAACAUCCCAGAUUUGCUUACACUCUGUGCCUAUAAUGUUGAGUUUAAAGAUUUGAAAUAAGAGGAAUCAAGACAAAUUCCUUCUAAUCUUGAAACAAUAGAAGUAUAAAGUGUUAAUACAAAUAUCACUGUGACCUCCAACUAACAGGUUUGGUUAAGUCCAGAUCAUUUUCAGGCACAUUGGGAGUGGCUCUGAUGGGUUGAGAAUUGUAAUGUGGAGACUUUUCCUCAUCUCAAAGAUACAUGGCAUUUCUUAGAUUGUCAGUAGUCAUCAGUGGCUCAAGAAAUGUUCUCAUUAGACUUUAGAACAGUGUAGAGUGUAUGUUUCCUUUCAUUUAACUUUAAAAGGAAGUUUAAUACUUCCUCUUAGGAAAAUUGUGGUAAGGAAGUCUUUUUUCCAAUUAGGUUAAAUGGUAAAAUUAUCUCACAAGAUGCUUAUGCACACUUUAUAACACUUUUAGUUUUUAUUUGAGAAUGUGAAAGUACAUAAAGUGGACUUCAGUAGUCUU